AUGCAAACUGAUCAAAUUUUUUUUGAUUUUAGAAAACAAGCAGCACAAGCAACAAAAAAUACAUUUAGUUAUAGUUCUGAUGGUGAUGAUGAUGAAAUAUCAGAACCGGAUCGAGUCGACAUUCCAGAAGAACUGGAAGAUGAAGAAGAUAAUGAAGAUUGUGAACGUAGUGAAUAUAAUGAAGAUGAUGAAAAUAAUACAGGUGAUGAAGAUUUUUAUGAAGAUGAAAAUUAA